AUGAGGAACCAUUUCGGAACCAAGGACAGAAAGCAGAAGAAGAAGGUUGUCAUCAAAGACCCAGUGGAAAUGGCUGUGGAUGACUGUAGGAUGAGGCUCAAUAUUAUACUGGACUUGGUCAAGCCAGGAUUGGUUGGGAAAAAGCCAAUGUCUCCCAUGAUAUUUGCAGAAGUUCCCCAGCAGAAUAACCUGAGGGAUUGUGGGGUGCACUGCAUGAUGUGGCUGAGAAGAUGGGAACCUGGUGUGACCCUUACCUACACAGAGGAAGAAGUUGCUGGCUUUCGUCGUGACCUGACAUGGUGGUUGGUGAAUCAUGAACAGAAUGAAAAACGUGACGAGGCAUUGGCCCUUAUUCGACGACCACAACCAACCAAGAGCACAAAGUCCAAGAAAAGGCGUCGGUCUUAG